UGCUACUGUUUAUGUCACAAUUUAAACUUCAAAGUUAACUGAAAUAUAACGUGUGUAAUCUAUUAUUAAAGAUAUGUUGGCUAAUGUACUUUCAGUUCUAUAUUUGGCAGUUUUUGUAUUAGCUGUCGAAAAUAAUGAUGAUAAUUUGUUACCGAACGAACGUGAAUCAAAGGCAUGGAAUAUUCUAGACGGAACAAAACGCAAUUGUAUGGGAUUAAAUGGGAGAUCGGGAGUAUGCACAACACAAGAAAAAUGUACAGAAAUUAAUGGAAAAACAGUAGGAAGAUGUUUUCCAUUUGAUACUUGUUGUUCAGCACCAUUGAAUUCUUGUGGAGGAUACUCAGGAUCAAGCACUAUAUACUUUCAAAAUCCAGAAACAUUUCAACAAAGUUGUACAUACAAGGUAAACAUCAAGAAAAAUGUGUGUCAAUUAAGAAUCGACUUUGAAAGAUUUUCUUUGAGUCAACCUACGACAUCUAACAACAGCACAGCUUAUCAAUGUGACACCGACCAAUUUACUUUAAUUUCUAGUGAUAAUACUAAGUUAAACAUUCCUAUUCUAUGUGGUGAAAACUCUGGUCAACAUGUUUAUGUGCCACUUGAGUCAAAAACAAUAUUGGAUUCUAGUACCAUCAAUAAUAUAAACAUUUAUAAUAGAGUGAAAUCGCAAAUCACACUGAAAUUUCAAUUGACUGCUCGUGAUGAAGAUAGUACUGAUUCUGAACCGACAUGGAAACUGAAGAUUUCGCAAAUUGAAUGUCAACCAAAUUCGAUGAACUGGUGGAAAAUUAAAGAUAUGGCACGUCAGGUUUGGGAUUGGGAAGACGAAGAUGAUAAGGACAUUACAACACCUAAAUACGCUCUAGCACCCGAGGGAUGUUUACAAUACUUCACCGAAAAAACUGGUACGAUUGAGAGUUUUAACUACAACAAGGGACUUGGUCACUAUACAGGUGGUUUAAAUUACGCCAUUUGUUUCAAACGAGCCUCCGACACGUGUGGUAUUCGAUUAAAACCAGUUAAAUUUCAAUUGGCCUACAAUAGUAAACAAUACAAUUCUGUGGAUCGAGACUGCGAUACGGCAGUAACCACACAAGAUGUCACAACAGAAUCAAUAACAACAGAUGCAGCUCAGAUAAUGAGAAGAUUAAGAAGAGCCGUGACUGUCAGUGACGAUGGCGUACACAAUGACUACCUGCUCAUACCUGACGGCAAAACAUCAACCGGCAUUUAUGGGUCUAAAUUCUGCGACAGUGGUUUAAAUGGAUCUGGAGUGAUAGCAAAAGCCCAUGGACCUAUAGCAAUAUCUUUUGUCAGUGAUGAUAUUAUUGAUCCUGAUGAAGAUGUUGAAAAAGGAUUUAAAAUUAAUUAUUCAUUAAUGAAUACCGGAUGUUAAAUUGUAUUAAUUUUUAAUAUAAUUUUAUGUAUCAGCAA